CUCAGUUUCGUUUAAAGAGGUGACUGCGAAUUCAGCUACAGUCAUUAGCCCUACAUCCAUCGUUGACUAUUUUCAGCAUUUAGGCAUAAUUCUAUCGAAUUACUAGAUCUUCAUUCAAGAUGAAAUUCAUUUUUUGGGUUGUAGGCUUGUUUUGCCUCAGUGGCUAUGUGUAUUCCAAACCCCUGAAUACUGGAAAUGAUAUAAUAAAUCCACCAACAAUUUCAAUCAUUGGAGGAACCCCGGCUACCAGCGGUGAAUUUCCUUUCCUGACUGUCUUGCGUUUAAGCAACUACUUGUGUGGUGGAACCUUGAUUGCAGCGUCCUACGUCUUGACGGCGGGUCAUUGCUUAUACGAUUUUCCGUCUGGAGUAAAUAUGAGCAACUUCUACGUACUUAUAAACACAUUGUCAAUAAAUGGAGGUGGAUCUGGCUAUGUCCUAAGGAAAGUGUCAUCAUAUAUAGUGCACGAAAACUAUAGCAACACUACCUAUGUUAACGACGUCGCCAUUAUAGUCCUAAACGCACCAGUUACAGGAAUCCCAUUCGUUACUCUUCCUACCCCUUACACAACCGUAUUACCCACAGAAUCAACAACAGAAACAACAAUGGAACCAACAACGGAACCAAGUACUAAACCAACAACAGGGCCAAUAACAGAUCCAACAACCGAAAAAACAACCGAGCCAACCACCGAACCAACAACGGAGCCUACAACAGAGCCAACGACGAAACCUACCACACAACCAACAACGGAGCAAUCAACAGAACCAACCACCGAACCAACAACCGAGGCCACAACAGAGCCAACGACAGCGAUGACAACAGAGCCCACAAAAGAGCCAACCACUGAACUAACAACGGAGCCAACAGCAGAGCCAACAACGGACCCAACCACGGAACCAACAACAGUGCCAACCCCCGAACCAACAACAGAGCCAACCACCGAGAGAACAACGAUAAAAACUACUGCAAAACCGACAACUAGUAAAACUACAACAAAAGCCACAACAAAACCAACAACUACAAAAACUACGGCAAAACCAACAACUACAAAAACUACGGCAAAACCAACAACUACAAAACUUACGACAAAACCAACAACCACAAAAACUACGACAAAACCGACAACUACAACAAAAACUACAACAAAACCAACAACUACAAAGAAAACUACGACAAAACCAACAACUACAACAAAACCAACAACUACAAAAAAAACGACAACCCAACCGACAACAAAACCAACAACGAAAACAACGACAAAACCAACUACCAAACCAACGGUAAAACCAACAACAGCCAAAAUUACGACAAAACCAGCAAUAAAGGCAGCAACCAGGAAAGAAAUUUUGCGCGACUUCAGUACUUACGGGAAUAUGACAGGUGUCAUCGCUGGAUGGGGUAUGACGGCUUCUCCAGCCGGGAAUGUUUCAAUGAUAUUGCUUAAAGCUAACACUACAGUCCUUACUGAUGAGAUGUGCACUAGUAAAUGGGGCAGCAAAUACAAAGCGGCUGAUAUGUUGUGCGCUACCGACACCCUCACAUCCACUUGCCAGGGUGACAGCGGUGGCCCAAUUUUGGUUGACGGAGUCCAAAUUGGCAUCACUAGUUGGGGUUCACUACCUUGUGGUGUAUACCCUAGCGUGUUUGCUCGAGUCACCAAGUACCUUAGCUGGAUCGCUAACACUAUCGCCAAUAACCCCCCUCCAUCGUUGGGAUAGAGUUGAGACAAUAGUUGAGUCAGUCAACAUCAGUCAAGAACCCGUCACCUCUUCCCUAACAAUAAUCAGUGGGACAGUUUUUUCAAGCAAAAUUCAAGAUUAAAUUUCACCUGCUUUGUUAAAUAAUCGUGUCAACGUUUGAGAGCUUUAAUACUUUUCUUUCGUGUGUCAUGCUUUUUGGUAAGGGUGUACUAUAAUCAAAUGACGGCCCCAAUAUAUUAUUUGGCCUUAA